CCCAUCCCGUCCGCCAUGUUAGAGAAGCAGGAAUACGGCCGCCGCGAAGGCGCCAGAGGAGCUGCACCCAUGUUGCCCCUCUCGCUGUCUGGAGAAAUCAACGCCGCCACACGCACCCUACACACAGCCCUCAAUCGCUUGAUUACCUCGCGUCUGCCGCUUGCCCUCCCACCCCACACCUCGGACCCCGCCCUCUAUGCAACCGGCCUUGUGCAUUUUGCGCACAUCUUCCUGACCUUUGAAUCCCUGUGGGCCGACUUACUGCGCGACUAUGCCCCCUCCCAAUCGCUCAAUGGCCCGCCCCAGCCAGCGUUAGACCCGGAAGGCGCCUCCUCGCCUUUUUCGCCACUCCUGUCCUAUCUCCUCGUAAAUCCCUACGACUCGCCCUCGCUCUUCACAUCCACCCUGGGCGCGCCAACACAGCCGUCUCCACAGCUCGCCACCUUCCUGCAAUCCUUGCGGCCGCGGGGGCUCAUACGCUCGGGCCGCCUCAAGCACGACUUGGAAUACCUGCUGGGUCUCCACCCCACCGACUUGGAGGUCAUGCUCGCCAAAUAUCCCGGGGACAAGGUCGCGCAAUUUUGUACUCACAUCCGAAAGAGCGUCAAUGAGAAGCCAUGGACACUGGUCAGCUACGCAUGGUGUUUCUACAUGGCCAUCUUCUCCGGUGGGCGCUGGAUAAGAGGGGGCCUGUUGAGCGCCCCACCAGGCUUCUGGCCAGCCCAUCACGAUGAAGCCAAGACAUUACAAGACCAAGGGCUUUCCUUUUGGCAUUUCCCUGGACCCCACGACGGAGAAGACAUUAAAGCCGAGUUCAAAGCACGCCUCGCCGCCGCCGACCUUAUUUUCACUCCCGAUGAGCGCGUCGACAUAAUCGAAGAAGCAAAAGAAAUCUUCAAAUUCUGCGCUUCUCUCGUCGACGAACUUGACGAAAUCAUUGGCACCAGUUUCGCGCCUACAACAAUCACACUGCCCGACCAGGACACGGUUGCACACGAGAAACAGAUGCUGAUGGAUCCAAAUGUCAUGCGCAGGGCCCAAGUCAGCAGCCUGAAAAAGUCGACCAAUUCAGUCAGACUGUUUCUCAGGCGACCAGAGGUCACGGGGACCGUCUUGGCCAUGGGGUGUCUGGCUUGUGUUGCGCUAUUCAAGCUGCAGUAAUGACUGACGUCAUCUCUUUCGGAUUUUUCUCUUCUUGUCUUUGCACCUGCAUAGUUAGGGCGUCUUGGCCUUUUUUUUGUCAACGUUUCUCUUCAGGCAUCACAGUACUUCAAGCAGGGGAUAUUACAUAAGCAUACGGUCAUUGGUGUUUGUUCGUUCCUCACCUAGUCAUACUCGUACAUGAUGGCUAUUUUUCGGCAGUUUGUUUCUCCUUGCUUUUUUGUAGUUUUUGUCCAAAUGUUGGGAUGUAGCUUGUCUGUAUGUCUAUAUGUCUGUAUGUGUCUAUGCAUAGUGGAAUGGCGCUGGAU